CCAGUUGCAACCAAGCUCCAAAAACAAAGAGCAGCUUCUGAGACUGUGACAGCACAAGGUCCAGGAAAAUCACAUCCCUCUCAUUCAACCCCAACAGACAUUAAAAAAACUCACACUGGCCAGGGGCAGGACACCAACACAAGUGAUCAUGAUGAAGUCUGGAAUCAUCUCCAGCCUUUUAAUGAUUUCCCUGACUCCUGCUUUGAAAUUAUUGACCUGACCAGAGCAGUCCCUAAUGCCUCUCCACAAACAGAGCCUGACCACAUCUGUCGCGUUACUUUUGAAGAGGUUCCAGAAGUAGACGAGGCAGAUACAGUUGUAUGGGAUCCAGAAGAGGACCUUGGCAGAGCAGAUGGAGAUGAGACAGUUGUGAUCACAUUGGAUAACGUCAACAGUGAGGAUGUCACACAGAGUGCUGAGAUGAAUGGAGUGACUAUGCAGGCUUUCCAACUCCCAUUGCCCUCAGCUAAUGACCUGCCUACACUAGCUGUGCAGUCCAUACAUGGGGAGGAAGUGCAAACUGCACAGGACAGUGGACUGAAUCUUUUACCACAAGAUUUGCCCUCACAUUCAAGCAGCCUGCUUUCCCCAUCAACCUCACUUGACUACCCAGGAAAUCCUGAGAGCACACGACGUGCAUCAAUUUGCAGGAUAAAGGUUGUUGAAGAUCUUUUGGCUGUAUUUAUGGACAGCAGCAUAAUACAUUUGACUCUAAAGAUGGACUUUGUAAAUGAAAAAGCUAUUGAUGAUGCUGGAGUGUCAAGGGAGGUUUACACUGCAUUCUGGGAACAGUUUCUUGAACAGUGUGAAGGGGAAACAGAGCGAGUGCCAAGGCUGAGGCCAGAUUUCUGUGAGGCUGAAUGGCAAGCAGUUGGACGGAUCUGGGUGAAAGGAUUAUUAGACCACGGUGUCAUGCCAGUGAGGCUAUCAAAGGCUUUCAUUUUAGCCUGCAUCCAUGGCAUCGAUUCAGUUGAUGUAGACAUCCUGAUGACAUCAUUUCUCAACUACCUUCCUCCUGUUGAGAGAUCAGCUGUUGAGAAGGCUCUCCAGGGCACAAUGGAGGAAAGUGAUGAAGAGGACUUGCUUGACCUCUUUACAAGGAUGGGUUCCCAUUUCCUACCUCCAAAGAACAGCAUGCAACCUGCCAUAGAAACAAUGGCUCACAAAGCCAUUCUACAAGAGCCAAAAUAUAUAGUUGAUUGCUUCUCCACACCCAUGGCACUUGUACAGCAGAAACUAUCAGACAAGGAAAAGUGUUUGUCUCUGUAUGAGUCAAAGAAAGCCACAGCUCUUACCCUGAAUUUCGAGUUUGACAACAUCCUGUCCAGUCACUAUUUUGAAAUGGACAUCCUGUGA